UACUCUCCCUCUCUCUCGCUCUCUCUCUCUCUCUCAAACUUUAAAUUUAAAAAUAGUGCAGUGUUGGGCAGUGGAGGGCUCUUGGAACAUGAUGGCAGCACGUAGUUUUUGGACAUUUUUUGGAAUUGUAACUAUUCUCUGGGGUUUAAUGGUUCAGGUGCAGUGUAAUGAGGAGUCCGAGCUGAUCAGAGACUUGUUCAAAAACUACAACAAGAAUAUUCGUCCUGUUGUUCAUCCUGAAGACAAGAUGGACGUUCAGAUCAAGCUGACCCUCACUAACCUAAUCUCUCUGAAUGAAAAGGAGGAGACUCUUACAACCAACGUGUGGAUUGAGAUUCAAUGGAGUGAUUAUCGCCUUGCUUGGAACUCGUCUAACUAUUAUGGCAUAAAUGUUAUUCGUGUCCCAUGCAACACUGUUUGGCUUCCUGACAUUGUCCUUGAGAACAACAUUGAUGGAAAGUUUGAUGUGGCCUACUAUGCCAAUGUGUUGAUCGACAACAAUGGUUGGAUGUACUGGCUACCUCCUGCUAUCUAUCGCAGCACUUGUGCCAUCGAGAUCACCUACUUCCCAUUUGAUUAUCAAAACUGCACACUAGCAUUCAGAUCCCAGACAUACAGUGCCAAUGAAGUUGACCUUAUCUUGGCUUUUGACGAAACAGAAAAGACUAUUGAAUGGGUGGACAUCGACCCAGAGGCUUUCACAGAGAAUGGUGAGUGGGCCAUCGUCCAUCGUCCAGCCAGGAAGAUGAUCAACAAACGGUACACCCCAGAUGAUCUGGAGUAUCAGGAGAUCAUUUUCAAUCUGAUCAUCCAAAGGAAGCCCCUGUUCUACAUCAUUAAUAUCAUCCUGCCGUGCUCACUCAUCUCCUCACUGGUCGUAUUGGCCUACUUCCUACCUGCACAAGCUGGGGGACAGAAGUUGACUGUGUCCAUCUCUGUCUUGCUGGCUCAGACUGUUUUCCUCUUUCUUAUUGCUCAGAAAGUCCCUGAGACAUCUCUCUCUGUCCCUCUCAUCGGCAAGUACCUGAUCUUUGUCAUGUGUGUCACUACUCUCAUUGCUACUAAUCAAAUUGUGGUGCUGAACUUCUCCCUGCGCAGCCCCAGCACUCAUACCAUGUCCCAUACCAUCAAACAUCUGUUCCUAGAGAUGGUACCUCGCUUCCUGGGCAUGUCCCCACUGGUGGAUGACAGUGAGGUGACAACAGAGGUAAACGGAAUGCGGGAGCGGCGCCGCAGCUCCUUCGGCCUCAUGCAGAGAGCCGAGGAAUAUGUAAUGAAGCAACCUCGCAGUGAAAUGAUGUUUGACAAACAAAGAGAGAGGCAUGGUCUCACACGAUCGAUUGUGGAUAAUAUAGAUGUCAGCAGCACAGCCAACCUGUACAAGAGUUUGGCCCAAGCUGCACCUGAGAUCAAGCAGUGUGUGGAUGCCUGCAAUUUCAUUGCUGAGAGUACAAGACAGCAGAAUAACAUUGGAUCUGAAAUUGAAAGCUGGGUGCUGAUUGGGAAGAUGAUUGACAAGGUGUGUUUCUGGGCUGCCAUACUCCUCUUCAUCAUCGGCACAGUGGGGAUCUUCCUCACAGGACACUUCAACCAGGUGCCAGAAUUUCCAUUUCCUGGCCAAAACAAAAAAUUUAUCAGUAGUUAAGAGAAAAAAAAAUCAUUUUGCUCUGUUGAGACUUUUCCAAGGGUUGCUGUACCUCAUGCUGUCUGUAAUGCUAAGCAGUCUUGCUCAUUGACUUGAUUGAGAGUUAAGUCUGAGCAGGAGGGCUUUAAUAACAGAUGUUUAACACCAAAUCUGUCUGUCUUCAAAUAUUAAAGUUCUUCAUCUUAGUGUAAGUUCUUUGUUUGCAAGUCCAGUUAAAAAGUGAUGUUUUAAAUCAUCAUCAGCAGCAGCAGCGUCACAAUCAUCAUCAUCGUCAUGAGAAUCAUAUCAAGUACAAUUGUUAUUUGUCUCUUUUGCAUUAUACAAGACUCAGUGUUGUGAGUUCAAGCAAUCCAUCUUUCAUGGCCUUACAAGAAUCUUCUAUGCGCUACACUGUAAAACAUAUCUAGUCAAGUCUGGAUAAGUUUUCCUGCAUGUACUGUGUCCUAUAUGAAGAACAUGUGCAUGUAACUUGAGCCAGCCAGCUCUGAAUCAAAGCCUUAUUCUUCCUACUAUGACUUAUUUAUUAGAAAGUCUUGUUAGAGGUAGAUGGCUCAGAGGGAUAUUGUCUUGAUAUCAUUGUGCCAUGUUUUUUAAAUAAAUAUUUUAUUUUGUGCA